AUGUCAUCUGUCUUCAAUUUUGCAGGAACCGACAGUGGCGAAGUUCUUCCUGAAUCCAUCCCCUCAGCUCCAGGGACACUGCCUCAUUUCAUAGAGGAGCCAGAUGAUGCAUAUAUCAUCAAAAGCAACCCCAUUGCACUCAGGUGCAAAGCAAGACCAGCCAUGCAGAUAUUCUUCAAAUGCAAUGGAGAAUGGGUCCACCAAAAUGAGCACAUCUCUGAGGAAAGUCUAGACGAGAGUUCAGGCUUGAAGGUCCGGGAGGUGUUCAUCAACGUCACCAGGCAGCAGGUGGAGGAUUUCCACGGGCCAGAGGACUACUGGUGCCAGUGUGUGGCAUGGAGCCACCUGGGCACUUCCAAGAGCAGGAAAGCCUCGGUGCGCAUAGCCUAUUUACGGAAAAACUUUGAACAAGAUCCACAAGGAAGAGAGGUUCCUAUCGAGGGCAUGAUUGUGCUGCACUGCCGCCCACCGGAGGGAGUCCCUGCUGCAGAGGUGGAAUGGCUGAAGAAUGAGGAGCCCAUUGAUUCUGAACAAGAUGAGAACAUCGACACCAGGGCUGACCACAACCUGAUCAUCAGGCAGGCACGGCUAUCCGACUCAGGGAAUUACACCUGCAUGGCAGCCAACAUAGUGGCCAAGAGGAGAAGCCUGUCGGCCACUGUGGUGGUCUAUGUGAAUGGAGGCUGGUCUUCCUGGACAGAGUGGUCAGCCUGCAAUGUUCGCUGUGGUAGAGGAUGGCAGAAACGUUCCCGGACCUGCACCAACCCAGCUCCUCUCAAUGGUGGGGCGUUUUGUGAGGGAAUGUCAGUGCAGAAAAUAACCUGCACUUCUCUUUGUCCUGUGGAUGGGAGCUGGGAAGUGUGGAGUGAGUGGUCAGUCUGCAGCCUAGAGUGCGAGCGUCUCAGGAUCCGAGAGUGCACAGCGCCACCCCCAAGGAAUGGGGGCAAAUUCUGUGAAGGACCCAGCCAGGAAUCAGAAAACUGCACAGAUGGACUCUGCAUUCUAGAUAAAAAACCUCUUCAUGAAAUAAAACCCCAAAGCAUUGAGAAUGCCAGCGACAUCGCUCUCUAUUCAGGCCUAGGUGCUGCAGUCGUCGCAGUCGCAGUCUUGGUCAUCGGAGUCACCCUUUACAGACGGAGCCAGAGUGACUAUGGCGUGGACGUCAUUGACUCCUCUGCAUUGACAGGUGGCUUCCAGACCUUCAACUUCAAAACAGUCCGUCAAGGAAACUCCCUGCUCCUGAACCCUGCCAUGCAGCCAGACCUGACAGUGAGCCGCACGUACAGUGGCCCCAUCUGUCUGCAGGACCCACUGGACAAGGAGCUCAUGACAGAGUCUUCACUCUUCAAUCCUCUGUCGGACAUCAAGGUCAAAGUGCAGAGCUCCUUCAUGGUUUCCCUGGGAGUGUCUGAGCGAGCCGAGUACCAUGGCAAGAGUCACUCGGGAACCUUUCCCCAUGGAAACAACCGUGGCUUUAGUACCGUGCAUCCCAGAAACAAAACGCCCUACAUCCAAAACCUUUCAUCUCUCCCCACAAGGACAGAACUGAGGACCACUGGUGUCUUUGGCCACUUGGGGGGGCGCUUAGUCAUGCCAAAUACAGGGGUGAGUUUACUAAUACCACAUGGCGCCAUCCCAGAGGAGAAUUCUUGGGAGAUUUACAUGUCCAUCAACCAAGGUGAACCCAGCCUGCAGUCAGAGGGGCCUGAGGUCCUCUUGAGUCCAGAAGUCACCUGCGGCCCCCCGGAGAUGAUCGUCACCACCCCCUUUGCGCUGACCAUUCCUCACUGUGCAGAUGUCAGCUCUGAGCACUGGAACAUCCACUUGAAGAAGAGGACUCCGCAGGGCAAGUGGGAGGAAGUGAUGUCAGUGGAGGACGAAUCCACAUCCUGUUACUGCCUUCUGGAUCCCUUUGCAUGCCAUGUACUCCUUGAUAGCUUUGGGACCUAUGCCCUUACAGGAGAGCCAAUCACAGAUUGUGCUGUGAAGCAACUCAAGGUGGCAGUCUUUGGCUGCAUGUCCUGUAACUCUCUGGAUUACAAUUUGAGAGUUUACUGUGUGGAUAACACCCCUUGUGCAUUUCAGGAAGUGGUUUCAGAUGAAAGGCAUCAAGGUGGACAGCUACUAGAGGAACCAAAGUUGCUGCACUUCAAAGGAAACACCUUCAGUCUCCAGAUCUCUGUCCUUGACAUCCCUCCGUUCCUCUGGAGAAUCAAACCAUUCACUGCAUGCCAGGAAGUCCCGUUCUCUCGCGUGUGGUGCAGUAACCGGCAGCCCCUGCACUGUGCCUUUUCCCUGGAGCGCUACACGCCCACCACCACCCAGCUGUCCUGCAAAAUCUGCAUCCGGCAGCUCAAAGGCCAUGAACAGAUCCUCCAAGUGCAGACAUCCAUCCUAGAGAGUGAACGAGAAACCAUCACUUUCUUUGCACAAGAGGACAGCGCUUUCCCUGCACAGACUGGCCCCAAAGCCUUCAAAAUCCCCUAUUCUAUCAGACAGCGGAUUUGUGCAACGUUUGAUACUCCCAAUGCCAAAGGCAAGGACUGGCAGAUGUUAGCACAGAAAAACAGCAUCAACAGGAAUUUAUCUUAUUUUGCUACACAAAGUAGCCCAUCUGCUGUCAUUCUGAACCUGUGGGAAGCUCGUCAUCAGCACGAUGGUGACCUUGACUCCCUGGCCUGUGCCCUUGAAGAAAUUGGAAGGACACAUACGAAACUCUCGAACAUUACAGAAUCACAGCUUGAUGAAGCCGACUUCAACUACAGCAGGCAAAAUGGACUCUAGUUUCCUUCCUCUCAUGAGGCAGAGGCAUGGCCAGCUUUGAGACAUUGCUUUAAAUGGGAAAGAGGCAGCUUUCUACCCAGUGGCACUUGGGGAAUUCAGCCUUUAUGAUCAGUGAGGUUCCUUGGUUGAAGAAACUGAAAGUUGUAUAUGUGAAAGAUGUUAGUAGGGAAAAGUCCAAGUUCUUCUAGACACAGGAGAGCUGUACUGUCUCCUUUGAGUCCACACACAGGUGAACAAUAGAUGCCAUCCUCAGAUUUGGCAUGGCAAGGAUAGAGGUGAGGGCAUAUCUACACUGAAGUAGUUAUGGGAAGAGUCGAGCUGUGGUAAAGCUAGGAGGCAAAGACUGUUUAAGUGCAUGUUCUGAAACAGGUUUUUAAUGAUAUGCCCCAUAGGACCAGCUGAUUCUGGUACCAGAUUGUCAGAGCUUUUCUACUAACUGGCAUCUAUGAAUUUGGAAAUCAUUGUAAGACUGGUUUUUAUGAUGAAACAGGGUUGCCAAUCCUAUAUGAGGCAUUUGUAUGGCUUUACCAUUGUUAAGGAGGGCAUACAGAAUUCAGAAUCUCAAUCUAUCACACCAGCACCAAUUUCCUGCCUGUACUAGCCACUUCCUAGAGAUGAGACUGAAAAGUAAGAUAGACCACAAACUAGUUUGCGUGCUGUGCCUCACUUUCAUUUUUCCCCAUUUCUUUUCAUCUUCCUUUACCCAGUGGAAUAGAAUGGGUUAAAGGAAGAUAAUUAAAUCUUUUGAUAUGAAAAUGUAUUCCAUCUGACUCAACAAGAGCAUCUCUAUUCCCAAAUAAGCCACUCAAAUUGCGGAGUGCUAUUAGAGCACAGCUUAGUACAUUUAUAUGGAGACAGCAAAAGUCUAGCUAAGUCAAAGGGUACAUGUGAGCUGCAGAUGUCACAGUCCUUAAAUAAGCAGUCACUCUGAGAGACAGACAUCAAUCAGUGCAAGGGCAGUUUUGUGAUAAGCGAAUGAGCUUUCCUGUGCUUUCCAACCCAAAUUCUAGAAAUUUUCCAACUUUUCAGUGUUAUGUCAUCACCAAACCUCUUCACAGGUCUCUAAGUCAUCUUCCCUUUGCUUCAUGGAGAAUUAGCAGAUAGUCUUUGCUACAAGUGACACCUGAAUAAACAGACCUAAGGAAUACAUCUGCCAUAGUGUCUUAAGAGCCAUACUCAUUCUGCAGGAGCCUUAAGAUCUGGUGGCUCACCUCCAUCAUAUAGUAUUCUCUAUACAAUUACUAAUAUGUGGCUAUCACUUUAUAAUUCUUUUUUAAAGGAGCAGCCAGUAAUACUAUAAAGAAUAAAUAUACUGAGAAUUCACAACACUCACCUUAAUAGUUGACUCUAUCUUUAUGUCCUAUUGAAUUAUUUUUGACAAAGUAUCCUGCUAGACUAAAGAUGAACAGAUAUAAUGCUACUACUCAUCAUCUGGUAGUGUCCUGUCUGUAAUCAGGAUAACCAAAGUCAUGAACUGAGAUUAAUAACCACAAGGCAGCUCAUGAGCUACUUUGAGGUUGGCUACGUUAGAAUAGGAUAAAGUAGGCAGGGAGUGAAGGAAAUAAGGAAUUUGACUAUGGGCAUAUAAUCAAUUUUUUAACACCCAGUUUUUAGAUCUCUUACUUAAAAAUUAAGUAUUGUGGAUCUCAUCUCAAGAGGUGAUAGACCUGAUGAUAGGUUGAAUUCAUGGAACCAUGGGUAAACAUUGAAGAAAUCUUCAAUGCAUUGGCCAUUUUCUCUAACUAAUGUGUGGUAUUUGUGUUCCCCUGUAUUAGAUAUAAGGCUUUGCUAUACAUAACUCAAAAUCAUUUGUUUUUCUCAGGAACCAAAGGCUUAUUACAUAGGACAAAUCAUCUUAAAUCCAUUGAGCACAUUUUCAAAAUAUCAAAAUGCGUAGGUCAGGAAAACACCUUUUUGCCAAUGUGCUCCACUUGUUUAUUUUCUUCUGGGGAAGGACUCAUAGAGAGCAUUAAAAUGGAAAUCAUUCUUCUCUUAUUAAUUUGACUUUGGAGAGAGAUGAACCUGGACAGUCAGUUGCAAUACACUAGAGAGUGGACUGGCGGGUGGCGCAGGGAGAGCCUGCAUUGAUCUGCUGAGGAAUGACCUAUGUAACGCACGUGGAGCUUAUGUUAACUUACACCUUGGAGGAUUUGUUUUCAAUCAUCUUGCACUUUUUCCCUCUUCCGUUCUAAUUGGCCUAAUAACUGUUUCAUCUAUCCUGUGAAUCCACACAAGUCCUUUGUAGAUUUUUUUUUAAAUAAUGUUUUAAAAGAGUUGAAAUUUAAGUGAUUUCCCUUGGAACCUCUCUAGAUUAUUUUAAAAUGAGAUGAGAUUGUGGUUAAUACCUGAAUGUCUGAAAUUUCCUCCACUUGGGGGCUUCUUUUUUUGGCCCAGAUUUAUCUACACCCUUGAAGAUCAUAUUACAUAUAGUAACAAAGGGCAACAUUAAUAUGAUUCACCUCCGAUUUCAGCCCACAUUUCAUUCCAAUUCGUUUUUUUCCUUUAUAUUUCUUCAGCUAUUAUACUACGUAGGAUUUCUGCAUUAAUGUAUGAAACUCUGUGGUCAUUGAAUGUUAUGGAUGGUGCUUUACAGUAGAAUUUCAAAGAGAAUCCAGGGUUGUGAGAUUUAUAGACUAAGGUAUGUUUGUGGAGCAAAAGUAUUGCAGGUCAACAAAGCCUCACUUGAACUCUUGGUUAUUUACUGUGACCCAAAGCUUUUUCUAUGAUACUUAUCUGUCAGAACACAAAUACCUCUCUUGAAAGAUACUCAUUAUUCUAGGCACUUAAUUUGGAAGUCUGAUGGUCUGAGUACAAAAUGAAACAAAAAUUAAAAUGGACCUAAAUACAUUGAAGGUUAAUGUUUUUUCAAAACAUCCCACUUAAUGCCAGUCUGUCAGUGAUUGCAGACAUUUAAGUCUAACAGUCAUGCUCUAACCAUGACUGAAAAUUGUGCCACAAAAAUGUUGUAAUUCAUAGCUUCACCACACUACAGCAUCAUAAAGUUAAUUUACAGUCUUUACAGUGUUGCUUGUACAGCCUUAUUGGUUUACAUUAGAAUCCUUUAAGCCAAAAGGAAGCUCACAGUAUAGAUUUAAAUGCAAACUUCAUUUACCAGUGCAAGAAGUCUCAUAAAAUUCAGAGGUACUCCCACAAAAAAAUUUAUUUGCCUUUUUGUAAAAGAUGAAAAAGAAUUGGCACUGUUCUCUUUAAAGGGGAAACUUUUAUCUAUUUUUAUUCUGACUAUAGAGGGCCUCCUUCCUAAUGAUCCCUGUAUUUUUCUUUCAGUUGGCUUUAAGAGGGAAUGUUAGGUCAAAUCACUAAAACAAGAUUAUUUUUUGAUUAAAAGUCCUGGAUUCACUGCAGUUAUUUUGCUUGACAAAAAUUCUCGACACCGGGAGUAAUAAACAAAGGUAGAUAGUGAUGUGUUUUACUAGGAUUUGAUAAUGUUUCUCUACUUGCCAACUUGUGGCAAAUUUACCAGUGAAUUUCAUAAUGUUAUAAAAUCCCUGAAAUGCAUUUGCUUUCCUUUUACCAUUUUCUCUUCAACUUCUCGGCCUCUCUGGCCUCUGUGAACGUGUUGAAUGAUCUGUCAGAUGUGCUGCAGGUGAUGUUCUCUGAGGUCUCCAUUUCAGGUCUGCAAAGGUCACAGGAAGCAGGAAGUUGCUGAGCUACGUGCCUGUCUGGCCCGUUGCGUGGCCCACUUUCAUUCUGUUUCCUGAUGAAACACUGCGUGGUUCGAAUCUUUAGUAGCUCCCCAUUGCCCGGACUCGAGGCGAUAGCCACAGCAAAUGGGAGCACAAAAUGCUGGCCUGCAGAUGGUGAAAACACUUUCUUAGCCUUUUGGUGUUGUUGCCAUAGCGCCGUAUUUGAAAAUUGAUGCUUUAGCCAAAAGCUGAAUGGCCACCGUUUCUGUAGUUUCCACUGUUUUGUCUACAUAGACUUUUUCCUGAACUACAAGCAAAAAUGUAUUUUGUCAAAUGUCACAAAAGUGAAAAUGUUACUAAUCUUAGACGUGUUGCAUAUUUUGUGUUUUUCCUUUCCAAACUCUUUCAAAAGCUGCAGUUACAAAGCUGUUUGGCUGUAUUGACAGCAUGUGGUGUUUUCUGCAAAAGCAGUUCUAGGAGAGCCAGCGUCUCUCACGGACUCCUCCAAUCCCCACUCCAGGGUCAUCAACAGGAUUGAAAUGGCGAUUUAGAAUGCUGUCACUUUGCAAAAGACAGAAGGGGAUGGAAACUAGACCUGGCUGUUAGUCACUAGUGUGUAGUACUGUGAUCUGAAGUAGGAAAUUUAACUCACAUAGAAUAAUUGUGGUUUUUGAAGCAGCUACUCAUUGCUUUUUCCUUUUGCUGUUAAGAUCAUGGAUUCGGAAUGUCCUCAUGAGGUGGGCGCCUGAGACAGUAACAUUUAAACUUCAUGUCUUGGAACCUACCCCCAACUGAACCCAAAGAUCAAAAAGGCAGUAAGCUUCAUGUUUAGGCCUAAGCUUAGAAAUUUCCUUCCCUAUCCCUACUAUUAUGUUCAGUGGGGAUUAUGCCUUUUUUUUCCAGAAGUUUAUAGUUUUGAUUACAAACUAUGUCACUGAAAUUGGUAAUACAGUUCUUUGUAUGAAUGGAAAUACAUAUAAAAUUAUUUUGCAAAAGACCUGAUUACAAUGAAGAUGCCUUUGUCUCAUAUUUUGCUAAUUAUACAGAAACACUUCAUUUACUUCAAACAUUGACACCCAGAUUCCAAAAGUGACCAAUAUUUUCAAUUUCCUGAAAACUUAGUAUUAAUGGCGUUAGAAAUUCAAUCGUGUUUCUGGUGAAUCAUCGCAGGAGAGGUGUUAUUUGUAAGGCAUGGUAAGUACAAUAUCAUGCCUUAGGAUUGACUCACUUUGCUAAAAAACGCAGACAUCCCAGUAAGAAUUGGAUCAAAUCAUUCUAAUAAGGCUCCAUUCGCCAGUUCAGAUAGUGCUGAGAGGGAGAUCAUGGGAUGCAGCCACUUAGCCUCAUCCUAGUGAAACUGGAAACUGCCCUUCAGAAGCAUCAAGGCUCAUCCCGAUGCACCAGGCUCCACUCAGCACUUCUCUUCCAGGAGGUGGGGAAGCACUCAGGCUGCCGGGAUGUUCUGGCCAGGAGCCCAGCUUUCCACUUUCAUACAUUGGAAGUUUUGAUUCUUCAUAGUUUUAGCUGAUUGACAUGUGCACUCCAACCCUGACCUGGAAAUCUUUCAAAUGUAAGCAGGUAAAAGAAAGCUGGCUUCUUGUCAUUGUCCAAAUUAGAAGCAAAGCAAAACAAAAAGACAUGAGUUGUUGUUUACCUCCAUUUCUGUAUGGAAGAAUUUAAAACAGAUUUUAUUUUGUUCUGUUUAUUUUGGGGAAGGUACAUGGGGGUGUUCUUGCAAGUGAUUCAUAUCUCCAACCCAUACCACUCUCAACUUUUAUUUGAUGUGUUCAAAGCCAAAAUAAAAGAGUACAAUUUGAA